AACAUAUAUUUUAGUAGGAUAAGUAGUAAAGAGUAUGCGAUAUUUAUUUCUGGAUGAAAAUUGGGAUGCCUGAUAGUCGUAUAGAAAUGAAACAAUUCAUCUAUGAAUUACUUAUGCUUAAUCGUAUAAAUUUCUGCUGACAACCUUGCAGGAUAUUCGUGCCAACGAUUCGCCAAGAUAAAUAACUUAGUUGAAUGAUGGAUCUUUCUGAUGCGUCGGAAAGAUUACCUCGGUGGUUGGACGAAAAUGAAAAUGACUUUGAAUGUGGUCCCGUCAUUCCAGUAGCGAUUCCGAUAUUCAUCACACUCAUCGCUGCAAUCGGGCUGUUUGCGAACACCAUAGUGAUUUUUAUUGUCACCGUACUCAGAGAAUACACAAAGUCUGUAACAAACAUCUACGUUCUCCAGCUUGCCAUUGCAGAUUUUAUAUUCUUAUUCCAACUUCCGUUUCAAGCUCGAACGAUGGUUAUCGGUCAGUGGACGUAUGGGGUAUUGUGGUGCAAAUUAUCAGAAGGAAUCAAGAUGCUCAACUAUUAUUCGUCGAUCAUGUUCCUAACCAUAAUGUCAGUGGAUCGAUAUCUCGCUAUAAAUUUUGCGAUGAAUCAAAAAGUUGCAAAAGUUCGAACAAAACGGGCAGCUUUCGUCAUAAGUUCAAUUUUAUGGAUUCUAUCCUUUGUCAGUGUCGUCAAUAUUUUGAUACAUGCUGAUGUACGAGGAUGUGAUUGCCAAAUUUUCUUCCCAGGGGUGGAACAUCUUCACCAAAAUAUCACGCAUUAUCUCAGCAAUGUGUCAGACUUGACGGAUUACGGAAGUAGCGAUUACUCGGGAGAUUAUGGAGUAGUCGAUUACGGAUCAAAUUCAACUUUUGACUACGAUGAAUACUUGAAAGAAAUAUUGAAUGACGACACCGUUUGUAGUUUUGCAAAACCGCAAUAUUCUCAAUAUUUUAAGACUUGGAUUGUUUGUAAUUUCGUGCUAGCAUUUGCUGUUCCACUAGUUAUUAUUUGUGUGUCGUAUGCACUCAUCAUUAGAAGAAUAUUGAAGCCCAUGGUGAUAGGAACGAAAUCGCAGAAAUCAAACAAGACACGAAAACGAGUUACAAUUAUGGUAACGGCGCUCGUGUCUGCAUUCAUUAUUUGUUGGCUUCCAUAUCAUGCAUUCCAUCUUGCAAGACUCAAUGACGUAAGAAUGUUUGCUCAAGCGUGUGAAAAUAUUUCAAAUUUCACAAUUGUCCUGGCCUAUUCAAACAGCGCAAUAAAUCCGUUCUUUUACACGUUUCUUGGAACUAACUUUCGUAGAAGAUGGGGGAAUGCCGUUGGCAAAGCAAGGAAAGGAAUUCGACAAAGUAUACUCAGUCACAGUGGUGAUUACACCCCAGGAUCCUCAAUGAAAAUGCGGCGUAAAUCAUCCGGUGUCUCCAACAGCGGAGCAAGAGACAAAAACAGAGACGAUGCCAGCAGCAUGAAUUCAUUCGUUACAAAGCACACCAUCGUUCCUGUCAAUAACGAAAUAAUUGACGAAGAAAAGGUCUGAGACGAACUCAUAAUCAGGAAUCACGGAUUAUAUAUGACCGACGCAUAGUCCAAUACUAAAAAUGAUAGUGUUACUCGCUUCUAAUUUAUGGAAGUUAGAAUUACAAAGAAUUUUAGUUAUUUUUAGGAAUAUUUGCCAAACUGCGCGCAUGAAGGAAGAUAGGUUCAAUACCCAUUCGUUGUUUGUAUAUGUAUAAACAAAUAAUAUUUUGUUUUGAUUUGAAUUUCGUUUCAAACUGAUCAGUAUAAUUUUAUAUAUAAAUGAAUUAUAAUAUUUCAUUAUUUCAAUUUCUCACGUUAUAAUCAAGCCACAGAGAAUCUGUAAUUCAUUUGUAAAUAAAUAUAUCCCACAUGAUAUACUGUACACAGCAUAAUUCUUGUUUUGGAUAGGAUAAGAUAGCAAUCUUCCAUCUUCAAGUGAUUUAUAAUUGCCUGGUCAAGUAGCGAAUUUUUCGGAUUUCCCAGGCAUAAUGGAACAAAAUAUGCGACCAAAUACAAUUCAAGUUUGAAAAGUGGUCAAUUCAGAAACAUGAAUAAAAAUUUAAUAUCGACAUUAUUAAUAAAUAAAAUGACCGGAACAUAAAUACCUCAAGUAACUUGUUUAUGUGCAAAAACAGAUUAUAAUCCAAGAUUAUAAUACCUGGCAAUGCAGAUAUCCAACGAGUCAAUGACACCAUGAAUAUAACUACUAAUCGUGGUAUUUUACUUUUUUUGCCUUAUAUUCAAUAUCUCUUUCUGACCUGUAAUAUUCUAAAUUGUGAUGCAAUGAGUAAGUGUCAAUUUAAUGGGGCAUGCUCAGGUAUGUUACCAUUGCUGCGAAUCAAAGUAUAAUAGGCGAGAGGGCAAUCUGCUAAUCACGUGGGAUUACAGGUGACACUGCACUGCGAGACAAAUAAGAAUGUUUUUGCUACCAGCUUUUAACCUUGAUUUUCUGUUAGCUUCAAUCUGUAAUACAAGAAAAUCAUAUCAUUCGUUUUUAAAUUUUGGUUUUGUGAAGGGGAGGAAUGGAUUCCCCCUAAAUCGCUUUUUAUUGU